AUAUCUGGGAGCAGCAGGCGGCUGUGCGCUCGCACAACGCCUCGGCCGCCCCGCCGCGCGCUCACCUCGCCGCUCUCGCCGCAGCCCGCGGGCCCCUCGCCGCCGCCACCAUGGACGCCAUCAAGAAGAAGAUGCAGAUGCUGAAGCUCGACAAGGAGAACGCCUUGGAUCGAGCCGAGCAGGCGGAAGCCGAUAAGAAGGCGGCGGAGGACAGAAGCAAACAGUUCGAGGAAGACAUCGCAGCGAAGGAGAAGCUGCUGCGGGUGUCGGAGGACGAGCGGGACCGGGUGCUGGAGGAGCUGCACAAGGCGGAGGACAGCCUCCUGGCCGCCGAUGAGGCCGCCGCCAAGCUGGAAGAUGAGCUGGUGUCGCUGCAAAAGAAACUCAAGGGCACCGAAGAUGAACUGGACAAAUACUCUGAGGCUCUCAAAGAUGCCCAGGAGAAGCUGGAGCUGGCGGAGAAAAAGGCCACCGACGCUGAGGCCGAUGUAGCGUCUCUGAACAGACGCAUCCAGCUGGUUGAGGAAGAGUUGGAUCGUGCCCAAGAGCGUCUGGCAACAGCUUUGCAGAAGCUGGAGGAGGCCGAGAAGGCAGCAGAUGAGAGUGAGAGAGGCAUGAAAGUCAUUGAAAGCCGAGCCCAAAAGGAUGAGGAGAAAAUGGAAAUUCAGGAGAUCCAGCUGAAAGAGGCCAAGCACAUUGCUGAAGAUGCCGACCGCAAGUAUGAAGAGGUAGCCCGUAAGCUGGUCAUCAUUGAGAGUGAUCUGGAACGUGCAGAGGAGCGGGCCGAGCUCUCAGAAAGCAAAUGUGCCGAGCUUGAAGAAGAAUUGAAAACUGUGACGAACAACUUGAAGUCACUGGAGGCUCAGGCUGAGAAGUACUCGCAGAAGGAAGACAAAUACGAGGAAGAAAUCAAGGUCCUUUCGGACAAGCUGAAGGAGGCUGAGACUCGGGCAGAGUUUGCAGAGAGGUCUGUAACAAAAUUGGAGAAAAGCAUUGAUGACUUAGAAGAGAAAGUGGCUCAUGCCAAAGAAGAAAACCUUAGUAUGCAUCAGAUGCUGGAUCAGACUUUACUGGAGUUAAACAACAUGUGAAAACCUCCUUAGCUGCGACCACAUCCUUUCAUGUUGUUUUUGUUGGUUUUUGUUUUGUUUUGUUUUGUUUUUAAACACCAUGCUUACCAUGAAACCCUUAAAAUGCAUUUUUUUUUUACUUUUACCACUGUCACAGAAACAUCCACAAAUACCAGCUAGAUCAGGGAGUGGGGAAAACACACAUACACAAAAGCAAGCCUUUGUCAGAGUGAUCAUGAUUUAAUGUGCCAUUUCCCAGGUUGAUGUUGCCACACUUUGUAGAGGGUUUAGCAACACAGUAUGCUUAAUCAGUCUAGAAGUCGUCACUAAAACAAAGGUUUCCAUUCAAAGUGCCAACAGUAUAUUCAAUAGGAAGGUUAAUGUUGGAAACACAGUCAGGUGUGGAUUGGUGCUACUUUAAACAAAAGGUCCCACUGUGGUCUUUCAUUCAAUUUUGUACAAUUUAGAAUUCUGUCCAACACUAAUUUAUUUUGUCUUGAGUUUUACUAUGAGAUGAGACUAUGAAUCCUUUAUACCUGAAUUCACUAAAGCCAAGGCUUGGUUAGCCACGCUGCUCUUUUAAGACUAUUUCUUUCUAAUUGGCACACUUGCAGCUCAUUACAGCUCAUAGGAUAGCAUUCAGUGUGGAUUUCCACUCUUUGUUUCUCCAUGUUAAAGUGAAAGAUUUGGGCACUACGUACAAUUGGUAAAGAAAAAAACAUUUUCUAAAGAGUUAUAACUAUAUGUAAACAUUGUAUAAUGAUAUGGAAUAAAAUGCACAUUGUAGGACAUUUUCUAAA